GUGUGCUGCCCGCAAUCGCCGACUGCCCGGGCGCCCGGCAGCGCAUCCGAACGAACGAAGUCCACGCGACCGUGUUUACGAACGUUACCUAUUCAAAUCAUUUGAGUGCAGUGUGAUCUGUUUGGAUUAUUUGACCCUAUAGGAGAGUCGGAGCUGGCAUUGAAGCUGCAUCCACAGCAACGUGAUAACAUCAUGGCAGCUAACGGAUACGGCCCUGCGCCUGUCACUGGACACGUCGGCCGGAUCCCGAACUAUGGCAAGACUCAGGUCAAUCCCAUGGGUGGUGUCGAGCCUCCAGCGUGUAUCCAAAACGCGAUGAUGACUAAAGACAAGAAACCAUUCACGUAUACUCCUGGAGGUUUAGAUCUAUCACAAAUUAAGACACCGAGUAUGGCGAGAAGGAUGGCUCGUCAACGCUCUCAAGAAGAGCAAGAACAUGCCUAUACUCAACCACCACCUAACAGCGUCUACCAUCCUCAGGGUGGCCCAGUGCCGCCACCACCACCUCCACCACAAAUACCAGCACCGCCGCCACCACCACCUCUUGUUAUUGAAGCUCCGUCAAAGUCUCCUAAACCAAUAGCACCUGGAGAGCGACCUGAAAUUGUUAUACCUGAAAAUCCUAUAGGUAUGCUUAGAAAAACUAAUAGCCCUUACCAUUGGGAGGCUGAAAAAGCCGAGUUGCAGCGUAUCGGCCCUGUUCCUAAAUUCGUUGAUAAGGUACCCAGUCCUCUGACUGUCAAGCUACCUUCAAAUAACUCAUACCAAAAUUAUUCUCCUCAAAACAACAUUCAAAGACCGAACUAUGCUUAUGGAAAUCAGAAUCAAGCUCCUGAUAGUCCACUGCACAGGCCAGAAGCGCAAUAUGCUCAUCAGCAAUCAGGUUCACCAAAUGUCAACGGUUCACCACAAACUAGGGACAUGUUAUUACGUCAGGACUCUCAAUUCAAUAAGAGUCCACAACCAUUUGGAAAUCAGCCGCCACUGACUAAUAACCAAUCGCCACAAAAUUCUGGUUCACCAUACACACCUAAUGCCACAAAUCAUUGGAGGCAACCAGAAAGACGAGAUUCUCCGGCAAGUGUGCACAAUAGUCCACAAUCUCCACAGUUAAAUCGAGGGCCAUUUUCACCGGUUGUUAAGCAAAAUUCCCCAAGCUAUAACCAAACAGCGCCUAACAAUUCUGUUUUUCAUACUUUGCCGAGAGUUGGACAAAGAAAUCAGGAUAGUUUUCCAAAUAAUCAGAGUAUUUAUAAUAAUACAGGUAAUGUUAAAGAAACUCAACCGAUUCAAAACAAUGAGUCACCAAAUACACCCCCGUGGCGGACAAAUACACUUAAUAGGUACCCGAAAGAUCAAACUACUCAUAAUAAUAUUCAAAAUACAAAUCAACAGCAGGUUUAUAAUCCUCCCUGGAAAGCAAAUGAUGCUAACAACAAUCAAGGUGAAAGUAACUAUAAUCAGCAAUGGAAGCAAGAGAAAAGUUCUCCCAAUAAUAUUAGUCAGCAACAAUACUCUCCACCGUGGGCUGCACAAGAGGCUAAUAACAACAGGGCACAAGACACUGCGCCUUGGAGGUCACAAGAUAAUACAGGUAGAUCCACUACCCAGCCUAUCUCCCCUGAAACGCGUUAUCAAUCUUCUAUAUCCAUCCCCGUGACACCAAGAAAACAAAAUUCACAACCAGAAUAUAAUAACACCCAGAAAGAGGCAGUAUAUGUCAAUCAGGAACCUGUUUAUUACUGUCCCGAUAGUCCAAAAUCAAUACCACCCUGGGUUAAAACACAAAAGGAAAAAACAAAAACACCACCCCCUGCUUGGUGUCAGAGACCAUUAGAAGGAAGGAAGAGUUCAUCCAGGGAGUUAGCAACACCACCGAGAGAUACACAACAAGAACCAGAAUGGGUAAGAAAGAGUAACGAAAUGCAACGGGGUGCACGUGAAGUCAUUAGUCCCCCUAAAUAUCAACAGCCCGUUCAACCUAAUUGGUCAACUAGACCCUCCGAAAAUAGAAAAAGCUUACCGCGGGAAAAUACACAGAGCACACACACAGGAAGAAUUAUUCCGAUACAAAUGGAGGUCUCGAGUGCGGAAACGAGAAAUCAAGGUCGACAAGGAGGCAACCAGCCUCAGUUGAGGAUCGUUAUUGAUAUGAAACAAAAUCCUGAGUCUCACAACCAAAAUAACGCUCAAGUUCCAUUUUCUCAACCGACUCAGCGCAUUAUGAGAGUGUUAUCGCCGCAACUAGUAAGGAUGGACGAGCCCGGAUACAACCAGCCAGAUUUGCCAGUGUUGAAUAGAAGUUUCCAGAAUACUCAGGACAGUCAGCCAAAAACGCGAAUAAUUCCAAUACAAAUUGAAGGUGGCACCAACGGUGGGGCAAACAAAAGCGUGUACUACCACAGAUUCACGCAAGGUGGUUCGCCGCGGCAGUCUAAGGCGUUUAAAGUUCUACAGGUCAUAACAGGAACGGGCGACAAUAUUAAAAUAAAUAUGAAAGAUCAUCAAGGUUACUCUGAUUUUUAAUUAUAAAAAAUGCAAUAUUAAGAAAGAUAAAUAAACUCAAUUGUAUUUGAUAUUUUU